UUAUAAGUUGUUUAAAAAAUUCACAAUACACUUAUGAUUAUAGUUGUUGUAUUUAUUUUUCACCCCUUUCGUACCUCCAAACGAUUCUGUGACCAAUCAGGAAUAAACCGUGGCUUAAAGUCGGACCGAUCAGCAGUAUGGCUGUCAGUAUAAAUUUGAACCUUGAAUGAUGGACUUCCCUUCUGUGAAAAGUGGAUAUGCAAAGAUAUUUAUUUUAUUAUUUAAGCAAAAAAAGCCAAAAAUUGUUCCUCAAAGGUACAAAAUGUUUCUGCGAAAUGCAUAACAGCUCUUUUACGAUUUACUAUGAUAGGUAAUUACUGCAAAUGAGAGAUGACUUCAAGCAGAUUAGACAGGCUUUUUGUCCUACUUGAAACAGGAAGCUCUUCAGUGACUAGGUUAGCUGCAGCAAGACAGUUAGGUGAAGUGCAAAAGUUACAUCCACAUGAAUUGAAUACACUUCUAUCAAGAACCGCUGGUUAUUUACGAUCAGUUAAUUGGGAUACAAGAAUUGCUGCUGCAGAAGCCGUCAGAGCAAUAGUGAGUAAUGUACCAGAGUGGAAUCCUUCAGGAGUACCGAAGUCAGAUGACGAUGGUCAAACACAGUUUCUUUCUUCUAUUGGAAGACUACGAUUUAGUCAUUUUGACAUGGAAAAGGUGCUUGCGAAUAGUACCCACCUUAUGGGUUCGGAAGGUACCGAAUAUGACGUAGAAGAAGAUGGUUCAACAGGAGCUGACUUAAAAGAGAAAAUGGCAAGACAAAGGCAGUGUUUAAAUGCUAGAUUGGGUUUAGAUGUCGCCACCAAAAUCGGUCUAGAUACUUCUGGAAUUUUUUCCAACGAAGAUCUCGCCGUUGCAAGCUGUAUAAAAUCCGAAAACCACAUCAAAACUGAAGAAAACAAUAAAAAAUCAGUAAAAGAUGUGAUAUUUGGCGAAGUUGGUUUAAGCUCAAGAGAAAUGAACCGGGCCAAACGGAAAGCUCGGCAAGCUGUAAAUAAACAGAGAUCUAGAGAACCAAACGACGAACCAGCAACUACAAACGGCGACGAACCUGAAAAAAAACGCAUCAAAUUCGAAGAUCUUCGGGUAAAAGAAGAAAUGCACCAGGGAUUUAGUGUAUCAACUGAAGUUGAUAGCAAUGACGGAGACUGGCCACUGGAAUGGUUCUGUGAUCUUUUGAGCCAGGAUUUGUUUAGUAGUCGUUGGGAAAGCAGACAUGGAGCAGCAACGGCUCUCCGGGAAGUCCUUUCAGUUCAUGGACGAAGUGCAGGAAAAGCCAAUUAUUUUACCAAAGAACAGAUGGAAGAGCAACAUCAGAUAUGGUUAGAAGACAUAGCAAUUAGGCUUCUCUGUGUUUUAGCUCUCGAUAGGUUUGGCGAUUUCAUUUCUGAUUCAGUUGUGGCUCCAGUUCGUGAAACUUGCGCUCAGUGUCUUUGCACCGUUUUAAAAAUAGCGAGCGAUACAUCUUGCAAAGCAGCACUCGGAAUUCUUUUGCAAUUGCUUGAACAGAGCGAAUGGGAAGCACGCCAUGGUGGUCUUUUAGGACUGAAAUAUCUUGUCGCUGUAAGAGAAGAUAUUGUGCCGCUGCUAUUUAGUGAGUCGUUUGACAAAAUUUUGUCUGGGCUCUCGGAUCCAGUGGAUGAUGUAGGCGCUGUUGCCGCGUCUGCACUUAUUCCUGUUACAAAUAAACUUAUCGAGUUGGUUCCUCAACAUCUUCCAACAGUUGUGGCGAAACUUUGGGAUCUUCUUGCCGAACAAGAUGAAUUAGCAGCGGCCUGUAACAGCUUCAUGGGGUUACUUGCAGCAAUUUUGAGUCGUUCAAAAGUACAAGAAUUAUUGCCUCCGCAACCACUAUGCGACGUUGUGCCACGUUUAUGGCCAUUUUUGAGUCACAGUACUUCUUCUGUCAGAAAGGCCACGUUGCAAACUUUGUACACUCUUACGGAAAAAACCACAAAUGAUAGCCAACUAAUGUGGAGCGCCCAGUUGUUGCAGGACGCCAUGAGACAUGUCUUUCAACGGGUGCUGGUAGAACCACAGUGUGAUGUUAGGGAGGUGGCCGAAAAGGUUUGGGAGCGUUUAGUAAAGAAUUCUGGUUUAGUUGAACUUCUACAUGCCGCGUGCCCUCUCAUCAGCGUCUGGUUAUGUCUUAGUAUGCAGUCAGUACGCAUGCCCUUUGAUCUUAACUUAAUGAUUAUUGCAAAAUCAGAGAAACGAAAAAGAAACAUCAUAGAUGGUUUAAAUAAUUUCGAUCAUAAUGUUGUAACGCCUAAAAUGUACAUCGGAGGCAGCGAAACGACUCUAUUUUCAAUACGAGAAAACAAUGCGGUUCGUGUGAGAUGCAUGGCAGCCCGAAUGCUGGGUCUACUUUCUUGUUACAUCGUACGACCUGCGCCAGGAAUAGACUACAGCCAAAAUAUCGAAAAACCUAUUGACUGCUAUGUCAAAGUUCUCCUAGUUUAUCUUAACUCAAAAUCUGCCCUACAACGUAUGACGGCGGGUUUAGUGAUUGCGGAAUGGGCAGAAUUGGACGUCGAAUCGAAUCCCUGUCCCGAAUUGUUAAAACAAAGGCUACACCUUUGUUUGUCUGAAUGCGUAUAUUUUGACGAGAUAGCUGUCAGUUUCACUCGCCUCGCACAAGAAACGAAAGACUUUAUCGCAAUGAUGAAACACUACAAAGUUCCAAUCAGUAUCGAAAAUGACACCGUGCUUACAUUGGAUCAUAUCCAACAAAUUACGGGUUCCACAACGCAACAAACGUUGCAGUCAAUGAAACUUAAACCAAAGAUACAAGAGAGUCUGGAAGAGAGGCGUAGGAGCAUUCAAGGGGCCGUUUCGCAAACGAGCAGUGACCAGUUUAUGUUAAGUAUAAGCACGUUGGCGGCCAUUUCGGCGGCAACGAUCAUGUUUCGUUCGUUACCGGAAAAACUAACGCCCGUUGUGAAACCUCUUAUGGAAUCUAUACGAAAAGAAAAAAAUGAGUAUCUACAAAAUUUAACUGCCAAACGUCUAACAUUUUUAUUGGAUCAGUGCCGAGAACGAAAUCUGUGUCCUAACGAAAAAAUCCUCGUUAAUUUGUGCACCUACCUUCGUUGCGACCCCGAAUUUACCCCAGUCAUUUAUCGUACUCAGUCUUCGUCUAGUAGUACCGUCAAUGAUUCGAGCGCACGCUCUUCUAACAAUUAUGUAGGUAUUAUGACUUUAACUAACUUACAACGUAACGCGGAAAGGACUGCAUUUAAAAGGGCUAAUAGUUCAGGUAAAGGACAAAGUCGACCGGCCGCCACCGAUAUACCUCUUGAAGAAUUGUUCAAAGAAGAAGAUGAAACGCAAAAAGCUAACCAAAUUCAACGGCGUGGUUGCACACUUGCUCUAGCAGAAAUUGUAAAGUAUUUUGGAGAAAGUUUACCAGAAAAGUUGCCAAAAAUGUGGGAUUUAAUUGUCGGUCAGCUUGUUCGGACUGUUGAUUUUGAAAAAUUUAACCCAAGUGAAAAAUAUGACAAAGAUGCCGAAGCAGAAGAGAUUGUAUGGGCAUUACAGGUAUUCGAAGUAACAGCAUCACAUGUGCAUGUUAGUUUAAGACCGACCUUACUGGAAGUUAGUCUCUCUCGAUUGUCUGUACUGUUAUCGCAUCCGUACCGAGCUGUCCGUCAUUUGGCUUCUCGCUGUCUGGCAGUUUUGGCAAAAUUGGAUUCUGUCCCUGUCAUGGAACUAGUCGUUAGCAAAGUUCUGCCAAUGUUGGCAGCUACAGAUUCCACUUUCGAUAGACAGGGUGCUGUUGAAGCCAUAGCAUGCAUAGUCGACACUUUACAGUUUGACAUAGUGCCAUAUGUUGUACUCCUAGUUGUCCCUUUACUUGGAAGAAUGUCGGAUCAAAACCAAUGCGUUAGGCUAAUGGGAACUCAUAGCUUUGCCACUCUCGUUCAACUCAUGCCUUUAGAUGGUGGAGUUCCCGAACCCCCCGCUUUAAGUUGCAGUGAAUUAUAUGGUAAAAGAGAUAAAGAGCGUGCAUUCUUGAAGCAGUUGUUAUCCCCUUCGAGUAUACCAGAUUACAAAGUACCUGUACCAAUUCGAGCGCAGUUAAGAAGUUACCAACAAGCGGGUGUUAACUGGCUGGCGUUUCUUAAUAAAUAUAAACUACAUGGAAUUUUAUGCGACGAUAUGGGUUUGGGAAAGACACUGCAGUCAAUUUGUAUUCUCGCAGGCGAUCAUUAUGAUCGUGACAAGAAGUUCGUAGAAACCAAAGCUCCUGAUUGUGCUCCGCUACAUUCUCUAGUCAUUUGUCCACCAACAUUAAUAGGUCAUUGGGUUUAUGAGGUGGAAAAGUUCCUUUCUAACAAGUACCUCCGUCCGCUUCAGUAUAACGGUAACCCUAGUGAGCGCGAAAAGCUUCGCCUAAAAUUCAAACUUUAUAAUCUUAUCGUUGCGUCAUACGACAUUGUUCGCAAAGAUAUCGCGUUCUUUUCGUCGAUGAAGUGGAACUACGUCAUCUUGGACGAAGGUCACAUCAUUAAAAACGGCAAGACGCGAACCAGUAUCGCCAUAAAAAAUCUAGUCUCUAAUCACAGGCUCAUUUUGAGCGGAACUCCUAUCCAGAAUAAUGUGCUCGAGUUGUGGAGCUUAUUCGAUUUUCUAAUGCCCGGUUUUCUUGGGACUGAGAAACAAUUUAACGCGAAGUAUUCGAAACCAAUUUUGGCCAGCAGAGAUCCAAAAUGCUUACCGAAAGAACAGGAAGCCGGUGUGCUUGCCAUGGAAGCUCUUCACAGACAAGUGUUGCCUUUCUUAUUGCGAAGGAUGAAGGAAGAUGUCCUUGACGAUUUGCCGCCAAAGAUUACCCAAGAUUACUAUUGCGAACUAAGUCCUUUACAGGAACAACUUUAUGAAGACUUUUCGAAAUCGAGAGCCCAUCAAACGUUACAGGAAUCGUUAUCGUCAGGUGCCCCAGUCAGUUCUAUUCAGGGUAAUACGCACAUCUUUCAGGCACUUCGCUAUCUUCAGAAUGUUUGUAAUCAUCCUAAGCUAGUCCUUAAUCCAUCACAUCCACAGUAUCAGCAGAUUACUGCUCAGUUGUACAAGCAAGGGUCUGAAUUGAAUGCCAUAUGUCAUUCCGCAAAACUUCCUGCAUUAAAACAACUUCUUCAAGAUUGCGGAAUUGGAUUGGCUGAAGCUCAAUCUCCAGAACUGGUGAUUAAUCAGCACAGGGCACUGAUAUUUUGCCAACUAAAAGCUAUGCUCGACAUAAUAGAAAACGAUUUGUUCAAGACAAAUAUGAGUGAUGUUACCUACUUACGGUUAGAUGGAACCGUCCCUCCAGUACAUCGGCAUGCUGUCGUUACAAGAUUUAAUAAUGACCCUUCGAUAGAUGUUCUACUCCUAACCACUCAAGUCGGUGGAAUGGGACUUAAUCUUACUGGCGCAGAUACGGUUAUAUUUGUAGAACACGAUUGGAAUCCUAUGAAAGAUCUGCAAGCUAUGGAUCGAGCCCAUAGAAUUGGUCAAAGAAAAGUAGUAAACGUUUACAGACUAAUAACAAGGAAUACUUUAGAAGAAAAAAUAAUGGGUCUACAGAAAUUCAAAGUUCAAACCGCAAAUACGGUCAUUAGUACCGAAAAUAGUAGCAUGGAGUCUAUGGGAACUGAGCAGUUAUUGGACCUAUUUUCUCAUAAGUCUACAAGCAGUCAAUCGCAGUCGAAUAAUAAGGAUUCGGUGAGCGGAGUUAGAUCGAUAUUGGAGUCCCUUCCCGAUCUCUGGGAUCAAAAGCAAUAUGAAGACGAGUAUGAUCUGUCACAGUUCAUAUCUAAACUACAGAACUAGAUGACUUAUUGCAUGUAAGUAUUAACAGUACUGAACCCAUUGUGUUUUAGUUUUCUUUUUUUUUUUACUUUUUUUGUAUUUAUAAUAAACGUUUAUGAAAGAUUAA